GUGCGUAUGCCUCAACCUCCCAAAGAGGUUCUUACCACUCAGUUGGGGCACUUCGGAACCACUUGCACAACAAUAAUUGUCGCGUUCCACCUCGCAAUCGACGUCGAGGGUCGGUCAUCAGAAAGGUAGCUAACUUCUGCAGCUCGUCCAUAGCGUAGGCCGAACCUGCGCGUAAGGAAGCUCGAAAACUACCUACCGGCGCCAACUGGCCGCGUACCGGUAUGAAUGAAGAGGAAGUUUUCGACGACGAUGGAGCGGCUGGAUCAAAACAGCGCGCUACGGCCAAGCUCGCGACACAUGGCAGAUCGGCUUCGGUCCAGGUGGAGGCGGGCAGUGCUUUACCCCCGAACAGUGCCGCGCUUCGUCGACUGAUGGCUCGAGGUGCCUCAAUGGACGCCGGUGCCUUUCCGGAAGCGGAGGCACCCAUGUUCACGAAGCGCAAGGAGUUCAUUCGCCUCAAGAACCUGCAGACAGGCCACGAUGCGGUGGACACCCUGCAUCAGAGCGGUAUCAUGGUGUGCCCGAUAGCCUGUACGUCACAGCGAUGCGUUGGCUCGAUGAUGACGCCGAGUGGCGGCGAGCAGCAGCCCAAAAGACCACACGGUGUGGUGCGGCCGAAAGAGGAGGUGGAGGAACAUGCUCGGGAUUUCUUGAACCAGUACUACACGUCACUGAAAAGCAAGGACAGUCCGGCUCACGAGCGUCGCCUGGCAACCAUCCUGCUAGAGAUCGAGGACCGCGGCACGUACAAUAUCACCGAGAAGGAACUGGCGUUCGGUUGCAAGCAGGCCUGGCGUAAUGCGCCGCGUUGUAUUGGACGCAUCCAGUGGAGCAGGCUUCAGUUGUUUGACUGUCGUCACGUGACUACGGCAAAGGAAAUGCUGGAUGCUAUCAAGCGGCACAUCGAGUACGGCACCAAUGGAGGCAAUAUCAGGUCGGCCAUCACUGUUUUCCCGCAGCGCAUUGAAGGCCAGAGUGAUUUCCGUGUGUGGAACGGUCAGUUCUUCAAGUACGCCGGAUUCAAGCAGGAGGAUGGCAGCGUCAUCGGUGAUCCCUCCAGUCUGGAGUUUACUGAGGUGUGCAAGGGAUUAGGCUGGAAGCCGGAGAAGGAAGAGCCGUUCGUCACGCUGCCCCUGGUGCUGCAAGCGCGCGGCCAGCCACCGGAGUGGUUCGACAUCGCCGAUCUCAAUCUGGAAGUCGACAUCACGCAUCCGACGUUUGAGUGGUUUGCGGACAUGGCACUGAAAUGGUACACGGUUCCCGCCGUCACCAACAUGAUGCUGGACUGCGGUGGUAUUGAAUUCCCCGCUACGCCGUUCAAUGGCUGGUACAUGGGCACUGAGGUUGGAAGAGAUUUGUGUGAUGACAAUCGCUACAACGUAUUACCCGAAGUGGCUCGGCGUAUGGAGCUGGACACGCGCACUGCAUCGUCGUUGUGGAAGGAUAAGGCGCUGGUGGAAGUCAACCUGGCUAUCCUCUACAGCUAUCAGAAAGCCAACGUGACCAUCUCCGAUCAUCAUAGUGCCGCCGAGAGCUUCAUGAAACAUCUGGAAAAGGAGUAUGCUACUCGUGGAGGUUGUCCGACUGACUGGGUGUGGGUCAACCCACCAAUGUCUGCCAGUACUACACCAGUAUAUCAUCAGGAAAUGUUGAUGUAUCAAUUGAGGCCAUCGUACGAGUAUCAGGAAGAUCCAUGGAAGAUUGAAGCCAAUCGCAAGCUUGGCGAUCGCAAAGACCGAUUCAAGCGCUUUGCAUGGGUGGUGAAGACGUUCAAUCGCAUGUUCAAGACCAGCAUGAGUCGGCGCGUCAAGGCUGUCAUUCUCUAUGCCACGGAGACGGGCCGCUCGGCCACCUACGCCAAGAAAGUCGGCGAGUUGUUCAGCAACAGCUUUAACUAUCAGGUAACGUGCAUGGACGAGUACAACCCGCUGGAGUUGGAACACGAGCAGAUGGUUGUCAUAGUGACCAGCACCUUCGGCAAUGGAGAGCCCCCGGAGAACGGUGUGGAAUUCUUCAGGACGCUGACGGAAAUGGCAAAUGCCGAAGAAGACAACUCCCAGUGGCUGACGAAUAUCAAGUUCUGUGUGUUUGGACUGGGAUCUCGCGCGUACCCGCAGUUUUGCAAGUUUGGAAAAGACAUGCACGACGUGCUCAAGGACCUGGGUGGUGAGAGCGUCCAUGAUGUUGGUGAAGGUGACGAGCUGUGCGGCCAGGAGGAGUCCUUCCAUGAGUGGAUGAAGAAGUGCUACUUGGCUGCGUGUGAAGCCUAUCACAUUGCUGAAGGAGACAAGACCAUUGCCGAUAAAGCACUAAGUGCACUCCCGCCGGCCUGGGAAGCGAAGAUGUUCAGACUCAAGGAGGAGAAGGAUUGUGGCGGCAUGGUCCCCAGCAGGCCGGGGGCCUAG